UGGAUGUUUGAUGGGAUCGAGUCGUUACCUCCUUAUGCAAGAAUCGAUUCCUCAAAUAACUUGAUUGUUUCUUCAGUCAAUUUCACCCAUGGUGGUGAUUACACUUGCCGUGUGACUAAUGCGCUCAAUUCCAUUCAAACAAGUGUCACCGUUUACGUCAAGUACCCUGAAACCUGCGCCAAAGUGAAGACAGACAUUAGUGACAUUAGUGGUGAUUAUUUCAUUGAUCCUGACGGUGUUCUUGGCGAAGAUCCAUUUCCUGUUUACUGUAACAUGACUGACAAAGGAAGCGUUGGAGUGACAGUUAUCAGUCACGAUAGCGAGGACAGAAUCCACGUCAAUGGAUCUGAAUCAGAUGGUAGCUACCGCUGUGACAUCCAUUACAACGGCAGCAGCCUUUCCCAAAUCAAGGGACUGAUAGAAGUCUCAAAUAGCUGCCAACAGUUCAUUAAAUAUGAAUGCCACAAUGCUGCAAUGCGCUUAGGUCGAAUUAGCUGGUGGGUGUCACGUGACGGUGAGAAAAAAAAGUAUUGGGGCGGAGCCACUGACGGAUGUGCGUGUAACGUGACUAGUACCUGUCCGACUCAAGAGUGGCCCUGUAACUGUGAUGCGAACGAUGAUGUUUGGCGGGAGGACAGUGGUUUUUUGACCAUCAAAUCCGACCUUCCAGUUACUCAGUUGAGGUUUGGUGACACUGGUCGUGCUCACGAGGAAGGAUAUCACACACUUGGAAAACUGGAAUGCUACUAACGAACUUGACUGAUUGUUGAGAAAAUGGACUCACCUUUUACCAUUUUCAUGCGCGCGCUACGUGCUCUGCUAUUAUCGAUUUUACUUAGCUCGACCUUAAUAUACAUG